AAUGAUUUUAUACUAAAAUUGAGUCAAACAAAUCAGAAGAAAAGAUGGAACAGACAUAUUCAAUUGAAAUAAUCCAACCAUCCGAUUUAGAGAAUCUAUCAACACAGGAUAAUGUGAUUGAAUUAACAGAUGUAGGAAUCAUUGGAUUAGAUUCAUUAUGCCGUUUAUGUGCAAAUCGUAGUGAUCAUCUAAUACCCAUUUACGAUGGUGAAGGUUUAGAUUAUCAAUUGGAAGCAAAAAUCAAUCGUCAUUUUCCAUUUUCCGUGGAGCGAACGGAUACUUUACCCACACACUGUUGUUAUCAAUGUGCAAGUACUUUAUUGACUUGGCAUGAAUUAAUUGAAACUAGUAUUGAAGCGGAUCGACGAUUGAAAGCUCUAGAGUUUGACACAGUUGUCCAAUUUAAUCAUAAACUGGAAAAUCUAGAAGAACCAGCUGCACCGGAAGAAGUUAUACCCGAUGAAACCACUGAAAUAUAUGAAGAAGCUCAAGAAACUGAGAAUAUCAGUGAUGUUUCUACAAAUGAUCAACAAAGAUCACAUGCUGCCGUUUUGGUCAGCUUCUCAUCGUAUCACAACGCUCAAAAAGCUUUACUAUUCAAUCAAGCGGCCGACGAUCAAUCAACACAAGCAAUAACUACAGAAGAACGUUUAAAAAUUGAAGAGAAUCAACAGAAUUCUGUCGAAGAUGGUAUCGAAACGUUACCAUUAAGUGAACGAGUUCGCCAAAAAUUAUAUCGUUGUGAUACAUGCAAUGAAACGUUUAAAACCUUAAGACAUUUUAAAAAUCAUUUGACUGUAACGUUACACAAAGCAAGGCUACUCAGACCAACGUUAGAACGAUCUUCUUCCGUCGAACGGCAACGAUUUUAUUGUGAUAUAUGUGAUUAUGGUUUUAGUGAGCAGAAUGUUAUGUUACAACAUCGUGAACAAACUCACGAAAAUUGUCAUAAAACUAACAAUGAUCAUUUACCGGAAACAACGGAAGAAAAAAAUGAAGAAUCCAAGUCUGUGGAAGUUGAUGAGGAAGUUAAAAUGCCUCCACAUCAAGAUACUCUUGCAUUAGCUGUAAGUAUAAUCAAAACUGAGUUAAACGAAGUCGAAAAACUUCACGAAACCACCGUCGAACAAACCAUUUGUUACAUUUGCAAAUCACCAUUUGAAAUAAAAGACGAUCUAAAACGACAUAUCCGAAUCCGUCAUCCUGAAACACACAUCCAAAAAGUUGUAAAACGUCGUAAAAAAUCUGAAAUCACACCGAAUUUCUAUUGUGAUGUAUGUUUAAAAGGAUUUACACGAAAAUAUGAUAUGCAAAAACAUCGUAAGCAAUCCCAUUCAGAUGUGCCCGAAAAGGAGAAUGUUAAGAAGAGUAAAUCGCAACGGAAUGCUGAGCUAUUGGCACGAUGUAAAAUUGAAUACGAAGGUCGACCACAUUAUAAAUGUGAACAUUGUAAUCGUAUUAUUCAUUUAUCGUAUAAUUUUCUUCGGCAUCAGACAAUUCAUACGGGAGUGCGAGCGUUUUUCUGUCAUUUAUGCGGGAAAAGUUUUCGAUUGUCAAGUGGUUUAAAUCGUCAUAUUAAAGAAUUACAUUAUGGUGUGAAAAAUUAUCCCUGUGAUAUGUGCGGACGAUGUUUUGCGUCGAAAAAUACACGAGAUGAUCAUAUGAACAUACAUACGGGGGCUCGGCCCUUUGUUUGCGAUCAAUGCGGGAAAUGUUUUAAACAAAAAGCUUCGUUACAUGUGCAUAAAAUUUUCCAUACUAAUGAAAAACCGUAUGUUUGUGGUACGUGUGGAAAACAAUUUCGACGCGCAACCGAACUUAAAGUACAUGGUUGGUUACAUACAGGACAUAAACCGCAUGCGUGUACAACAUGUGGUAGUACAUUUCGUUUGGCGCAAGAUUUAAAACGACAUCAAAAGACACAUAGUAAAGAUUUUCAAGUGGCAUGCGAAGAAUGUGGCGCUUGUUUUGGACAAGCACGAUAUUUAAAGAGUCACUUAAAAACGCAUCGUAGAAAAGAGGCAGCUGCUGUGUUAAAUAAUACAGAAACAGUUGAACAAGUUGUUGCUGAAGAGGAUGUGGAGGAAACUGAAACGAAAGUUUUGGUUAAUAAUGUAACAAUUCUACCAGAUAUUAAUGUGGCUCCUGAAUAUAUUGUUAGCAGUUAGCCCCAAUUACUGAACGUUUGAACGUUUUUAUUUUGUUAGUCUCACGUAUUACUCCCAUCAAAUUAGAUUAGAAGUUUUGGGUGCAGCAAUGCCACCGCCUAUGCCAAGUUCUUUUUAGUUUUUUACCUAUAAAAUAAAAAUUUUCAUAUGCGCCGAAAUAAAAAAGUAUAGGUCAGUUCAAAGUUAUGGAGCGUAAA